CAGAGCAGCGAGAGAGAGAGAGAGAGAGAGAGAGUUUGAACCUUUCUUCCUUCUCACCGUCGAUCUGUAUCUUUGAACCUCGCCGUCGCUCUUCCGUUCUCCCCUGACCGCCGGCAGCUUGUCAUGUUCCCUUUCUUUCUGCUGUUCGUCCGAUGGCUAAGAUUAUAAAGUUAUGGAUAGAGAAUGGAUGUCUUCCAAUCGAUUAAGUAAAGAGUAUUUGAAUGGUGUGAAAGAGUUUAUGAAGUUUGCUCUUGAGCAUGUGAAAGACCCUAAAAGAAUAGUAUGCCCUUGUGUAAGAUGUGGUCUUUUGAAGCAAAUUAGUGCAUCUGAGAUGGAAGACCAUUUAGUGUGCUAUGAAAUUGAUGAAAAUUACAAGUGUUGGCAUAAGCAUGGAGAGACUAGAGGGGAUGAGUCUACUAGUAAUUGGGAGUAUAAAGUAAGCUUUGAAUCAGACGAUCAUGACUCAAUAUACUUAUAAGGGUGACUGUCUUGAAGAGAUGGCCAAUACAAUUGAAAGGGAACUUGAGGAUUGUCCUGAAAUGUUAGAGAUGUUGAAAAGUGAUGCAGAGAAGCCCUUGUAUGUUGGUUGCACUGAAUUCACAAAGUUGUCAGUAGUGUUGAAAUUGUACAACUUAAAAGUGAGCAAUGGAUGGAGUGAUAAGAGCUUUACAGAAAAUCUUACACUUAUAAAACAACUUUUACCUGCAAACAACGAGCUUCUAAGGACUAUUUAUGAGGUAAAACAAAUGCUACGCUCAAUUGGCAUGAGUUAUGAGAAAAUACAUGCCUGUCUUAAUGAUUGCAUAUUAUUUAGAAAUAAAUAUGCAUCAUUAAUGGAGUGUCCAAAAUGUAAUGCCUUGCACUAUAAAGAGAAUGGGAAGAGUCCAAAGAAGGCAUUAUGGUACUUUUCGAUUGUACCUAGAUUUAGACGGUUGUACAGUAGUGCAGAGGAUGCAAAAAAUUUAACAUGGCAAGCGGAUGAACGAAUCAAAGAUGGAAAGCUUCGACAUCCAGCUGACUCUUCUCAAUGGAAAAAAAUUGAUCUCGAUUACCUUGACUUUGGAGCAGAAAAUAGAAACCUUCGCCUUAUAUUAUCUACUAAUAGAAUGAAUCCACACGGGCUUCAAAGUAGCAGUCACAGUACAUGGCCAGUUAUUUUGGUAAUUUACAACUUACCUCUAUGGUUAUGUAUGAAGCGAAAAUAUAUGAUGCUAUCCAUUUUAAUUUUGGGGCCAAAACAGCCGGGAAAUGACAUAGACAUAUAUUUGGCUCCUUUAAUUGAAGAUUUAAAAUUGUUGUGGGAGCAUGGUGUUGAGGUAUAUGAUGGACAUAGAGAGGAAAGGUUCAAUUUAAGAGCAUUGUUGUUUGGUACAAUGAAUGAUUUUCCAGCAUAUGGUAAUUUAUCAGGGUAUAGUAUCAAAGGAAAACUCGAAUGUCCUAUUUGUGAAGAUAGCACACAUUUAGUGAGAUUAGAACAUGGGAUGAAGAAUGUCUAUCUCGGACAUCGUAGAUGGUUGCAUCCUGAUCAUUAUUAUCGACACCUAGAAAAAGCUUUCAAUGGGAAUUCAGAAGAAAGUAAGGCACCUUUGCCACUGAUAGGUGAGCAACAUUUUGACAAGGUGAAGAAUUUGAAUAUCAAGUUUGGCAAACCUUUUGCAAAGCAUUUUAAGACAUGUGGGUGGAAGAAAAGGUUUGUUUUUUUUGACCUACCAUAUUGGCAAUCUUUAUAUGUGAGACAUUUUCUUGAUACGAUACACAUUGAGAAAAAUGUGUGUGACAGUUUGAUUGGUACAUUACUUCAUAUUCUGAGAAAGACUAAAGAUGACAUCAAGGCAAGACUUGAUAUGAUUUCUACGGGGAUAGGGGAAGAGUUGGUUCCGCAAGAGAAGGGAAGUCGCACAUUUCUUCAUGCAGCGGCUCAUUCAUUGUUUAGAAGAGAAAAGAAGAUUUUUUGUGAGUUGCUUGCUACUGUUAAAGUUCCAGAAGGGUACUCUUCAAAUAUUAAGGGCCUUGUGUCAUUGAAGGAUUUGAAGUUGAAGGGUUUAAAGUUGCAUAAUUGUCAUGUGUUGAUGGAGAAUUUUAUUCCAGUGGCUAUACGUUCUAUUUUACCUGAUAUGGUUCGAGCCAUGAUUAUAAAAUUGUGUUUCUUCUUUAAGUCUAUAUGUAGUAAAGUGAUUGACCCAACAAAAUUGUCAAGAUUGCAAAGCCGAAUUGUGUUAAUCUUGUGUGAACUUGAAAUGUAUUUUUCGCCUGCAUUCUUCGAUAUAAUGGUGCACCUCACUAUUCAUCUAGUUAGAGAGAUACAAAUGUGUGGCCCAGUUUUCUUGAGAUGGAUGUAUCCAUUUGAGCGUUACAUGAAGAUACUAAAAGGAUAUGUAAAAAAUCGGAGUCAACCUAAAGGUUGUAUAGUUGAACGAUACAUUUUGUGAGGAAGCGGUUGAAUUUUGUACUGAGUACUUAU